GUGGGGCCCAACGUCCAACAGCCCGCAGUCAAGAGUGUGUGAGCCUGGGUGUAUUGGUAUGAGUGUGUGUCUGAAUCGGUGUGUGUGUGUGUGUGUGUGUCAGACAUGUGCCUCUACCCUGAAGCGGGCAAGGUGAUCAGUCGCUACUGCUGCGAUUGACCCCACAUUUCAGAUCUCGCCGCCAUCGCCAUCCAUGAGAUUCGUCACCAUGGCGACGCUGUGUCAUCUGCUGUCUGUCUGGCUGGCCACGACGCUCCUGUUGCUACCGGCAACCACACAGCUGACGCCAGCCCACUCCUUCAGUCACAUGACACGGGAAGAGGGUUCUAGAAUGCGGCGGUCGGCGGCCGACUCCAACGACACAGACGCUCCUCGCGAUGUGACACACACCCCGGAACUCUCAGACGCCAUCACAAGACCUUCUGGGAAAUCUGUGGAUGUGUCCAUCACACCGCCCCCUGCAGGUGCCUUUGGUGGUAACGAGCCUCAAAACGGCUCCCACGAGGGUCUCCCCGGCAACACCUCCGCCGUAACACCUCCCUCGGUCGCUACGGGCAACGUCUCAAGCGUACUGAAUCCUGCCGCCGCCAUCACCUCCUCCUCCUCCUCCUCCUCCUCCUCCUCGUCCGCCUCUUCCUCCUCCUCCUCCUCCUCCUCCUCCUCCUCCUCCUCCUCCUCUACUCCUCCAGCCCUGGAGCCGCCCCACACACCCGGUGCUGUCAUGGCCUCCUCUGCUCCAACCGGAGCUCCCGGGUUCCAGUCUGUCACCUCCGCCGUGCCCCCUCCUGUGACCAGCAGCUCCGACAACAAAACCGCCAACGCCGCGUCUACGGCUGCUGCUGGUAAUGGCACCAUCGUCACGGCAGCACCUGGUGACAACGCUGGCAAUGGCAUGAAUACCACCACUCACUACGUGCCGACCACCAACGCCCCAAACGCCACCAACGCCCCAAACGCCACCAGUGCCGCCGCGGUCCUCCCCCCUGACCCCGGCCACAAAGUCACCGAGGUCAUCACCACGACAACCACCACCACCACAACAACCAAGCCGUCGUCGCCGGUGACGCCGAAGAGGCCCGACUGUCCGGUCUUCACCCAGCCGUCGCCAUGGCAGCCGGGCCACACCAACAACAAGAGCCUGGUGGGGAACUGCCUGAUCGCCAUAGCGUCGCUGGCGGGGUUGGCCACCUUCUUCAUGGCAUGUUCCAUCGUGCUCUGCACACGCCUCUCCGCCGCGAAGCAACGCUACCGCUUCCACAUGCGCCGCGCUGGGCUGGGGAUGGGAGAGGACCUGGACGACGGGACGGAGAUGGUGUGUAUCUCGGCGCUGAUGCCCGACGGAGACGGCCCCCCGAUGUCCCCCGUCACCAACCACACCGGCCCCGUCGCCGCCCCCCGACGACACCGCUUCCCCAAGAGCAACGGGGCCCUCAUCCCCGUUACCACGGAUACCGACAGUGACGGAGGAGACAACCUCACGCUCAACAGCUUCCUGCCGGACGGCGACCGCACGCCGUGUGACGGGGACCCAGGAACCUAUUAAGGCAUCAAACGUAACCGCACACCGUGUGACGGGGACCCAUUAACCUAU